AUGGCUCGUUUGCUCGCCCUUCUCGCUCUUUCCGGCGCCGUCAUGGCUGCUCAAUCUACUACCGUCUCUCUGCUGCUGCCGGCUACCGAUCCCCAGAAGCUCGUCGGUUCUGUUAUUGGUGUCGAUAGCGCGGCUACGACUUACGCUUAUGGAUGUGCGCCUGGAGUAGCCGCUGAUAAGUGUGGCUUCGAAUCUAGCCAGACUAUUACUCAAGGUCCUACUACAUGGAUUUACACGAAUACUUACGGUGAUGCCGAGGGCGGCCAUUACACCGAGGGUGGCCACUGCAAGCUCUCCAGCGCGGCAGACGUCGCUUCAUGCAGCAUGUGGAUGUCCGCGACGGAUUCCACCGGCAGCAUCACCAUCGUUACCAGCGUCGGCACUGCAUCAGAUUUCCUAUCGUUCCAGCUCCCCGUGACCAUCACCGCCGGUCUCGAGAAGCUCCAGGCCGCCCCUGGUGCCUCGGCCACGGAUAGUUCAGCCGCCGCCGCUCCCACCAACACUAACACUGGUGCUUCCGAGACUUCGCAGACGACUGCUGCUUCUUCGGGUGCUAAUACGUCUAAGAGUGCUUCUUCGGGCCCUGCUUCUACGGCUGCUUCUUCGAGCGGCGCGUCUACGACUCUUGCUAGGCAGACGACCGCUGCUGUGAGCACUGGUACCAGCACUUCUUCUACUACUGCUGCGCCUAGUAGCACUAAUGCUGCUGGGCUUGUGAACGCUCAGAACGGUUUGUGGGUUGGUGUGGCUGCUGUUAUUGGUGGUGUUAUGAUGUUGUAG